UCAGAGUCGAGGAAUCGACUCUUUUGGAGUCGACUCCCCAUCCCUAAGCUUUACUUUUGGUUGCUAGGAAACAGUCAACAGUCAGAGCCAGUGCGUGGAGACGUCGAAGGAAAUUCAGCAAGCAUGCCUAAAAAAGCAGGGAAGAAAGGAGGCGGAAAACUUGCCGGGAUGACAGAAGAGGAGAGGCUUCUGUACAUGCAGCAGAAAGCUCAAGCUGAGGAGGAGAUAGCCAAGAGAAAAGAGGACAUGCUCACACACUUCCUCAAGGAUAAACUGCAGAAAGAGGAGAGGAACACCAUACUGAAUCUCCAUAAGCUGCGGCAGCAGUGGCGCGCUGUUUUAACACAGACCAAGACAGCAGAGCUACGCAAUGACAUGUCAGUACUCAGCCAGAACUUUGAGAGAGUCCUGGACUACAAAGACGACAUCAUCAAGAGUUUGGUGAUUGAUCUGUCUGAGAGGGAGCAGCAGUCAGAGCUGGCACGCAGUUCUCAUCUGCAGAACGUGGACUAUCUGUUAGAGCUUCAUAGGAGUCGGCUGGCAGAACUAGAGUUGAACUUCAGCACAAAUCUAGAAGAACUUGGUUCAGAGUAUAAUACUGAGAGAGAGCAAGUUCUUUCAGAGCACCAGCAGGAGAGUAUGUAUUUGGAGAAGGUGAUGUUUUCCAUGGAAAAGAAUUAUACUGAUCUUGACAAUGAGGCUAGACGUGACUACGAGAGCACUCGCAAUCAAAUAAAAAAACAGAACAAAGAGGAUAAGCAAACAGUGAAAGAUCAGAUGGAAGGGGUUGUGGAAAAACUGUGGCGGGAACUGCAGCAGGUUUUACACCACUACAAUGAGACCACCAAGGACAGAUUGAUCGCAACUGAGUCUCUGCAAAUCAAGGAUGAACAAAGUGCUAAAGAGAUUGACACGCAUAAAAAGCACAUUCAGAAGUUGCAGGAGUCUAUCUCUGCUCUGCGCUGUCAACUGAGCUCCAGUCAAACCGGAGCAGCAGCUCAGCAGCUUCAUUCAGGCCGUGAAGAGCUCGCCCAGAAAGUUCAACAUUUCAGAGUCCAGCUCGCUGAGGGCCAAACCAUUCGGAGAAAGCAGCUCACCAAACUUACCAUUCAAAGCAGCGAUGCUACUAAAAAACUGCAAGAGAUUGUAGCAAUGGGGGAAAGGUUGAUUCGUCUCUCUGAGAUGUGUAGUAAGCUGGAGACGGAGUAUGAGAAGGUUCUGCCCUUCUACACAUCCUCACUGAGUGAAGAAGAGCUGAAUCAGGAGAGAGCCAAUGCCAUGGAGCCGCCGACUGAGAAACUCGCGCAGAUAUUGCUUGAUUAUUUGCCUCUUGAGAAGUUCUGGCAACGGCACAACAAGGUUCAGCUUGAAUAUUUAUGUCUGAAGCGAGAGAAAACGCUUUUGUUACAGGAGAAUGAACGACUGAGGCUCUAUCUGAAGCAGUAUCUGGAUGAAGUUUCGGUUUCUGAUGAGAGUUUUCGGCAACAGAAGCUUCUGGUGGUGUUGUCUCCUUCUCUUCAGGACACCGCUGCCACUGAGAGACGUGAUCAGAAGCGCUAUGUGGUCCAAGAAGCAGCAAAUGUUGUGCAAAGUUUUAGGCAAUAAAAGUGCAAUGUAUAUUGCAAAAGUGCUUCUGGUUGCAAUUAAAAUGUUUUCUGCCUAGCAUUCAAUCAGUUAGUCUGUUUAAUGCAAUGAUCUCAGUACAUUUUAAAUUAUAUUUAUGAUUUUAGCAGACACUUUCUUCACAGCUUUUUCAUACUUCUGUAUAUCAAGUUGCGACAGUUCUAGAGAAAAAAAGAAGGGUUUUAGUGUCCGUUUAUUGCCUCAAGAUGGCGCCAAAUCAUUGAAGAUUCCAAAAAUUCCUAUUAUAAUUUAUCUGGAGAGUUUUUAAUGCGUUCUGUAACCAAUGUGUCCUGUUUUCCAAUAUUCUAAAGCAGAAAUACUAAAUAGCAAAUUUAAGUAUGUUAAUGAACAACAAUAGCAGUAAUUCUGUGUUUUGAAAUUCUAAUAUUGAUUCUGUGGAUUUGCAAACUCCUUAUCAAAUACUGACUUGGAGUUAAGGUUAUCUUUCUGUUUUAACUCCCAUUGACAUGUAGGAUGGAUCAGGAAGACAGGUCGAUACAUCUUAGAAAGUAAGGUGAAGUUCAUUCAGUUGGGAAAAAAAGACUCACUCUUCACUCACUAUUCAUUAUUUGAAGACAUUUUGCAACUCAUCAUCUAAUGACAAUAAUCCCAGCUAUAAAUACAUGAGCUCUAUCACACAUGGAUAGAUGCACGACAAGAUGACUGAAAACCUUCAUAGUUCAGACGUUGAUGCAUGAUGUCCUGAAUAUAAAUGCUGUACUGCUGUAUAUAAUCUAGCAGUGCGACGACAGGACAACAAAUAACGUGAAGCUAUAUUUUAUGAAGCCUGCUCUUCC